CACCUCCUGCCGUGAGUGGGUGACAGGGCCCCGGUCUCCGCGCGUCUUCGCCGACCCGCGCCGUGACCCGGCCUGGCACUGAGCCACAAGUGGAGGCUGUGCCCCUCCAGGGAUCUGUUUCAUUCACGGAUGUGACUGUGGACUUCACUCAGGAGGAAUGGGAGCAGCUGGACCCCUCACAGAGGAUCCUCUACAUGGAUGUGAUGCUGGAGAAUUAUAGCAACUUACUGUCAGUGGAGGUGUGGAAGGCUGACGACCAGAUGGAGAGGGACCACAGCAACCCAGAUGAGCAGGCGAGGCCAUUUAUCAUUUUUAAGAACCAAACCCCCAUUGAGGAAAGAGGUAAUCUCUUUGGAAAAACAUUUAAUCUGAGCACAGAUUUUGUGUCUUUAAGGCAAGUACCCUAUAAAUACGACUUAUAUGAAAAAACUUUGAAAUCGAAUUCAGACUUACUUAAUAGUAAUAGAAGCUAUGUAAGAAAGAGAGCUGAUGAGUGUAACGGAUUUGGAAAAGCACUCCUCUAUCUGAAGCAAGAGAAAACCCAUAAUGGAUUAGAAUACUCUGAAUAUAACAAAAGUGGAAAAGUCUUUAAAGAAGCCAUUUUUAAACAUCAGAAAAUAAGAAAUUUGGUACAACCUUUUAUUUGUAAUUACUGUGACAAAGCUUUCUCCUUUAAGUCACUCCUCAUUAGUCACAAGAGAAUACACACUGGAGAAAAACCUUAUGAAUGUAAUGUAUGUAAGAAAACCUUCUCCCAUAAAGCAAACCUCAUUAAACAUCAAAGAAUUCAUACGGGGGAGAAACCCUUUGAAUGUAUUGAAUGUGGAAAAGCUUUCACCCACCAGUCAAACCUCAUCGUACACCAGAGAGCACAUAUGGAGAAGAAGCCCUAUGAAUGCAGUGAUUGCGGCAAGACAUUUGCCCAGAAAUUUGAACUUACUACACACCAGAGAAUUCAUACGGGAGAACGACCCUAUGAGUGUAAUGAAUGCGCGAAAACCUUCUUCAAGAAAUCCAACCUCAUUAUACAUCAGAAAAUUCACACGGGGGAGAAACGCUAUGAGUGCAGCGAAUGUGGUAAGUCCUUUAUCCAGAACUCACAACUCAUUAUACACAUGAGAACUCAUACCGGGGAGAAACCCUACGAAUGUACUGAAUGUGGCAAGACAUUCAGCCAGAGGUCAACCCUUAGAUUACAUUUGCGAAUCCAUACAGGAGAGAAACCAUACGAGUGUUCUGAAUGCGGGAAGGCCUUCAGCAGGAAAUCCCGGCUCAGUGUCCAUCAGAGAGUUCACUUGGGGGAAAAGCCCUGAGAAUGCAGCCAGCCAGGACCGUGGAAAACCCUUCCACCCCAACCCUUGACCAUGGGGGAGAAACCACACGAAGGUACUGAAGGAACAUGGAAAUUCAUAGUGAGAUACAAUCCAUCACAUCAAAAAACAUGUAAAAACAGGGUCCCCUCAGAAGAGUGUUAUACCCAAAGUUAGAUACGAUGCUCAGCU